GCCAAUCAAAACACAUCACAUGACUCUCAUAUGACACAAAGGCAUGACCCGUCUAUUUGUUGUAUAUAAAGGUGGAAUAAAGUGUUGAUCGUCCAUCUCAGGGCUGAAGAUCAGAUUCAAGAUGAAGGUCCUUCUGGUUGUGUGUUGUAUGGCCGUGGCUGCCAUGGCGGCACCCGAAUUCUAUCACAUGAACACUGAUGCUAUGAUUGACAGAAUCAACUCUAUGCAGAAAACAUGGAAGGCUGGUAGAAACUUCCAUCCUUCUCUGCCCCAAUCCUACUUCAAGCGUAUGUUGGGUGUGUACGACAUCAAUGGUGAGAGUCAGAGACUCAACAAUAUGCUGCCCCAGAAGACACAUGAACUGUCCAUGAUCAGCCUGCCAGAGAACUUUGACGCCCGUACCCAGUGGCCCAACUGUGCAUCCCUGAAGGAAGUCCGUGAUCAGUCCAACUGUGGCUCUUGCUGGGCUUUUGGUGCUGUUGAGGCAAUGACAGACAGAAUCUGUAUCCUGUCCAAAGGAGCCAAGAAUUUCCACAUCUCAGCAGAGAACUUGAUGACAUGCUGCAAGACAUGCGGAUUCGGAUGUAACGGUGGCUUCCCAGCGGCAGCCUGGAAGUACUUUGAGGAUGACGGCAUCGUCACUGGCGGUCAGUACGGCUCCAAGCAGGGUUGCCAACCCUACCUGCUGGCCAAAUGCGACCACCAUGUUCCUGGCAAAUACGGACCCUGCACCGGAGACUCCAAGACACCCAAGUGUGAGAAGAAGUGUGAGGCAGGCUACAACAUCACCUAUGAAAAUGACAAACACUACGGGUCCCGAUCCUACUCAGUGCGUGGCGUGGACCAGAUCAUGGCUGAGCUCUACAAGAACGGACCAGUGGAGGCAGCUUUCACUGUGUAUAGUGAUUUCCCCACCUACAAAUCUGGUGUGUACAGCCACACCUCCGGCCAGGCUCUUGGAGGACAUGCUGUGAAGAUCCUGGGCUGGGGUGUUGAGAACGGAGAACAGUACUGGCUGGUAGCCAACUCAUGGAACGCUGACUGGGGUCAGGAAGGAUUCUUUAAGAUCAAGAGAGGUACUGAUGAAUGCGGUAUAGAGUCCCAGAUUGUCGCUGGAGAGCCCAAACUGUAAAUUCAGCAUUAUUCAGCAUAUUCAGCAACGCCAUCUUGCCUUACAUCUCAGCGUAUCUUGAUGAUGAUUCAAGGUGAUACAGCACCUGGAAAACCCCAAAGCUGUUUUAUAACCUUGAAUAAACAAGUUGUCUUUCCUAUUUUGGUACAUUCCAGUAUGUCAUCAUUUGUAUAUUGAGUUUCAGUUUUGAAUGUUCAAUUUACAUGAACCAGUCAUUUACGUGCAAUAAACAGUAUUUUAAAUAA